CCCGGGGCGAAUGGGACGCCGGUUCCGGUGGAUCCGCCGCUGCAAACCUCGAGUUCCUGGGCUCCGGGCGAAGCGCAGCAAAUAAAAGAUGACGGAGGGCCGUCGAUGUCAAGUACAUCUUCUGGAUGACAGGAAGCUGGAACUCUUAGUACAGCCCAAGCUUUUGGCCAAGGAGCUGCUGGACCUCGUGGCAUCGCACUUCAACCUGAAGGAAAAGGAAUACUUCGGAAUAGCCUUCACAGAUGAGACGGGACACUUAAACUGGCUUCAACUAGAUCGAAGAGUAUUGGAACACGACUUCCCCAAAAAGUCGGGACCAGUGGUUUUGUACUUCUGUGUCAGGUUCUACAUAGAAAGCAUCUCGUACCUAAAGGAUAAUGCCACCAUUGAGCUCUUCUUCCUGAAUGCUAAGUCCUGUAUCUACAAGGAGCUGAUCGAUGUUGACAGUGAAGUGGUGUUUGAAUUAGCCUCCUAUAUUUUACAGGAGGCAAAGGGAGAUUUUUCUAGCAAUGAGGUGGUGAGGAGUGACUUAAAGAAGCUGCCGGCGCUCCCCACUCAAGCCCUGAAGGAGCACCCCUCCCUGGCCUACUGUGAGGACCGAGUCAUUGAGCACUACAAGAAACUGAACGGCCAGACCAGAGGUCAAGCAAUUGUAAACUACAUGAGCAUCGUGGAGUCUCUCCCAACCUACGGGGUUCACUAUUAUGCAGUGAAAGACAAGCAGGGGAUACCGUGGUGGCUGGGACUGAGCUACAAAGGAAUCUUCCAGUAUGACUACCACGAUAAAGUGAAGCCGAGGAAGAUCUUCCAAUGGAGGCAGUUGGAAAACCUGUAUUUCAGAGAAAAGAAGUUUUCCGUGGAAGUUCAUGACCCCCGCAGGGCUUCGGUGACCAGGAGGACAUUUGGACACAGUGGCAUCGCGGUACAUACGUGGUAUGCAUGUCCAGCAUUGAUCAAGUCCAUCUGGGCUAUGGCCAUUAGCCAGCACCAGUUCUAUCUGGACAGAAAGCAGAGUAAGUCUAAAAUCCAUGCCGCGCGCAGCCUGAGCGAGAUCGCCAUCGACCUGACCGAGACCGGCACGCUGAAGACCUCCAAGCUGGCCAACAUGGGGAGCAAAGGGAAGAUCAUCAGCGGCAGCAGCGGCAGCCUCCUGUCAUCAGGUUCUCAGGAAUCCGAUAGCUCUCAGUCGGCCAAGAAAGACAUGCUGGCCGCCUUGAAGUCCAGGCAGGAAGCUCUGGAAGAAACUCUCCGCCAGCGGCUGGAGGAACUGAAAAAGCUCUGCCUUCGAGAAGCUGAGUUGACAGGCAAACUGCCCAUUGAGUAUCCCUUGGACCCGGGGGAGGAACCACCCAUCGUUCGCAGAAGAAUCGGGACGGCCUUCAAACUGGAUGAACAGAAAAUCCUGCCCAAAGGAGAGGAGGCCGAGCUGGAACGCCUGGAACGGGAAUUUGCCAUUCAAUCCCAGAUUACAGAGGCCGCCCGCCGCCUCGCCAGUGACCCCAACGUCAGCAAAAAACUGAAGAAACAAAGGAAAACCUCUUAUCUGAACGCACUGAGGAAGCUGCAGGAGAUCGAGAAUGCCAUCAAUGAGAACCGCAUCAAGUCUGGGAAGAAACCCACGCAGAGGGCUUCGCUGAUCAUCGCCGAUGGAAAUAUUGCCAGUGAAGACAGCUCCCUCUCAGAUGCCCUUGUGCUAGAGGAUGAAGACUCUCAGGUCACCAGCACACUGUCCCCCUUACAGUCUCCUCACAAGGGACUCCCUCCUCGACCACCGUCACACAACAGGCCCCCUCCUCCCCAGUCCCUGGAGGGACUCCGGCAGAUGCACUAUCACGGCAGCGACUACGACAAAUCCCCCAUAAAGCCCAAAAUGUGGAGUGAGUCCUCUUUAGAUGAGCCUUACGAGAAAGUCAAGAAACGUUCCUCCCACGGCCAUUCCAGCAGUCACAAGCGAUUCCCCAGCACGGGCAGCUGUGCAGAAGCAGGCGGGGGCAGUAGCUCCCUCCAGAACAGCCCCAUCCGCAGCCUCCCUCACUGGAACUCCCAGUCCAGCAUGCCGUCCACACCAGACCUGCGGGUCCGGAGUCCCCACUAUGUUCAUUCCACGAGGUCGGUGGACCUCAGCCCCACACGGCUGCACAGCCUCGCCCUGCACUUUAGGCACCGGAGCUCCAGCUUGGAGUCCCAGGGCAAGCUCCUGGGCUCGGAGAACGACACGGGGAGCCCCGACUUCUACACCCCGCGGACUCGUAGCAGCAACGGCUCCGACCCCAUGGACGACUGCUCCUCCUGCACCAGCCACUCGAGCUCGGAGCACUACUACCCGGCGCAGAUGAACGCCAACUACUCCACGCUGGCGGAGGACUCGCCGUCGAAGGCGCGCGCGCGGCAGCGGCAGCGGCAGCGGGCGGCGGGCGCGCUGGGCGCCGCGAACUCGGGCAGCAUGCCCAACCUGGCGGCGCGCGGCGGCGGCGCGCACGGCGUCUACCUGCACAGCCAGAGCCAGCCCAGCUCGCAGUACCGCAUCAAGGAGUACCCGCUGUACAUCGAGGGCGGCGCCACGCCCGUGGUGGUGCGCAGCCUGGAGAGCGACCAGGAGGGCCACUACAGCGUCAAGGCGCAGUUCAAGACGUCCAACUCGUACACGGCCGGCGGCCUGUUCCGGGAGAGCUGGCGCGGCGGCGACGAGGGCGACGCGGGCCGCCUGACGCCGUCGCGCUCGCAGAUCCUGCGGACUCCGUCGCUGGGCCGCGAGGGCGCCCACGACAAGGGCGCGGGCCGCGCCGCCGUCUCGGACGAGCUGCGCCUGUGGUACCAGCGCUCCACGGCCUCGCACAAGGAGCACAGCCGCCUGUCGCACACCAGCUCCACCUCCUCGGACAGCGGCUCCCAGUACAGCACCUCCUCCCAGAGCACCUUCGUGGCGCACAGCAGGGUCACCAGGAUGCCCCAGAUGUGCAAGGCCACGUCAGCUGCCUUACCUCAAAGCCAGAGAAGCUCAACGCCGUCGAGUGAAAUUGGAGUGACGCCCCCAAGCAGUCCCCACCACAUCCUAACCUGGCAGACUGGGAGCUACGCUGAUAGCUGUUUCCUGGAUUCCUCCCUCUAUCCAGAACUAGCCGACGUCCAGUGGUACGGGCAGGAAAAAGCCAAGCCCGGGACCCUCGUGUGAGCCAGCCGGCCUCAAUCUGACCGCCUCAACGCCAUUCAGAGAUCACCUCACUGCCUCUCAUUUGCCUUACCCAGACGCACUGUCACCCUGCACCAGCUUCGGCCCUCAGCACUUUUUUUCUCCCGUCUCCGCAUUCCCUUCACCCUCAAAAACCUGACUGAGGAGACAUUCUGGAAGGUUCCGGUCCCACUGUGUGUCCUCUGGCUCUCUCGCCCACGGAGAGCCAGGCGCCAAUCCUCAACGGCACCUUGGUGGCUUCCCCCUGCCGUGACAGCCCCCAGGCCGGGAGCCAUCAGGGAAGGUAACGGACAUCAAACUCCUGUGGACAGGUGGCAUUGGAAGAGAACAGGAAAGGGGACUCGAGUACAGGGUGAUCCAGAAAGACGAUGAAGCUAUGGUCGGCCUGCACUCGGUGAAGAGGUUGCCUCGCUCACUCGCGCGGGGGAAUAUGGGACUCCGUUGACACUUGAGAUAGUCCCGGGGGGGGGGGGGGGGGGGGGGGGAGGGGGGAGUGGCUGUCGGGGGAGGGGGAGAAUGAAAAAGGAAGCUUAACAUGUCAGAGAUGCAUCCGAGGAUCACAAUCAGUUCUAUGCUGCCAAAGAUUUAAAAAAAAAAAAAUUAAAAAUAAAAAAACAAAAAAGGGGCCAAGGGG